CAUUUCAGGACAGUCGCCGCUGCUGCCGCUCGCUCCGCAGCGCCCCGCUCCGGCCUGCCGCCGCACUGCCAGGAGAAGCCGUGUGCGCCCGGUGAGCGACUGCCGCUGAAGACACAACACCGCUGUCUGCACUCAGCCUGACCUGCGACUGGCAAUGGACUACAUGAACAACGCCUCCAACAGCUACAGCUCUGGAGACACCAUGAGCUCCUCCUUAGCCAACAUGACCAUCAACGACCAGCACCACCAGGAGAACGGAGUCGCCAAAAUGAAAGAGGACGAAGCAGCGUUCAGUGAAAACGGGGUGAAAUCUGUGUCUGAGCUCUCUCAGCCAGACAGCAGCCAGUGUGAUGACGAGCCUGCAGGAGGAGCAGCUUCAACAGCUCAAGCAAAGAUGGAUAAUGGAGAUAAGACUCAAACCGCCACCAAACCAACCUCUUCCCCUAAAAGACCGCCCAUGUCCGCCAAGGGCAACAAAACACAAGCAUCCUCCCGAAACGGCCACAGCUCGAUCCCUGUUAAAACCAGCAGCACAGGGCCCGGAAGUGGUGCAAAGCCUCAGACCCCAGGAGCCAAAACUGGACGAACUGCAGCUCAACCAGCUAGUGCCAAGAAACCCCCCACUCCAAAAAAUGAAAAAGAUGAAAAGAGUGGACAAAGCAGCCCUGGUACCCCUAAAUCCCCCUCUAGCCAAGCGCUCUCGGCAAAGGCUGCAGCUGAGGCCAACAAAGUAAAGAAGAUCGCAGUGGUUCGCUCUACGCCCAAAUCUCCGGGAUCGCUGAAGAGCCGUCCGCCGGCUCCUCUGGCCGCCGCCGCAGGGCCGAUGCCAGACCUGAAGAACGUCAGGUCCAAGAUCGGCUCCACAGACAACAUCAAGCACCAGCCAGGAGGUGGAAAGGUACAAAUCCUUGAUCAGAAGGUGGACUAUAGUAAAGUCCAGUCUAAGUGUGGCUCCAAAGACAAUGCGAAACAUGUACCCGGUGGCGGCAAUGUCCAAAUCCUCGAUAAGAAGCUGGACUUAACCAACGUCCAAUCUCGCUGCGGCUCUAAAGACAACUUGAAGCACACGCCUGGUGGAGGCAAGGUUAAAAUACUUGAUCAGAAGGUGGACUAUAGUAAUGUCCAGUCUAAGUGUGGCUCCAAAGACAAUAUGAAUCAUGUACCCAGUGGCGGCAAUGUACAAAUUCUUGAUAAGAAGUUGGACUUAAGCAAUGUGCAGUCCCGGUGCGGCUCCAAAGAUAAUAUAAAACAUGUACCCGGUGGUGGCAAUAUUCAAAUUGUGCACAAAAAGAUCGACCUGAGCAACGUGCAAUCUAAAUGUGGAUCGAAAGACAACAUUCGCCACAAGCCAGGCGGCGGAAACAUUGAGAUCAAAAACGAGAAGCUGGAAUUCAAAGUCCAAUCCAAAAUCGGCUCUCUGGACAACAUCGGCCACGUUCCCGGAGGCGGAGCGAAGAGGAUUGAGAGCCACAAACUGACCUUCCGCGAGACAGCCAAGGCCCGCACCGACCACGGCGCUGAGAUCGUCUCCUUGGAAGACUCCCCCCACCAGCUCAGCACCGUCAGCUCCUCCGGCAGCAUCAACAUGGCCGACUCUCCGCAGCUCUCCACGCUGGCCGACCAGGUGUCCGCCUCGCUGGCCAAACAAGGCUUGUGAACGCGCCCCGACGCUUCCACCCUCCACCUCGACCACGCGACCACGUUAGAGGAGUUGUGACGCCUUCCUCGUUACUUUCACAGGACGUUUUUUUUAGCUCCCCCGUCACCGUUUAAUCCUCCACUAACCCUUCCAAAACUGGUUUACUAUUAGAGAAAAAAAAAAAAAGCAGAGUUAGGCCGACUUGUAUUUACUUUUCUCUCUGUGGUCUUUGAUCUCUCGUUGAUUUCAACCUUUUGUAAGUGUCCCUUUAAGAGUUGAAGCACCCCAGCAGAGCAAAAUCCUCCCUGUGAAUCUGAGGAAUGAUCUUAUCUCCACCCCGUUAAUCUGACACCGUCACUUGGUUUCCUGUCACAUCGACUGUGAACCCUUUUAGAAAUUUAUCCCGUCAGUGUCGCCUUCGAUGGGUGUUCCCUGAUGGCUUUUUUUUAUAUAUAUAUAUCUAUAUAAAAAAAACAAACAAAAAAAAACAAAUUAACCUGGAAAACGGAGGGAAAUGCAGACUGUUGGGGUUCGGAUUAAAGCAGAAGGAACAGUUACAGGGUGUGGUGAGGGUGCCGGAGGGAAACCGUUUGAAAGAAAAGUAGCAAAUUUCUCGUCAAGGCAGAUUUAAAAAGACAAAAAAACAACAAAAAAAGAAGCUUUCAGACCUCACUGCUGUCUUUGCUUUGUGUAGUCCCGACAUGUGCUGCACCUCCAGCUACUGUAGUGACUCUGGCAGGGCUUGUGCCAAAAAUAAGACCACCGAGACCCCGGAGGAGCCUUCGUGACUGAUUUAGCGGCCGAGAGGACGACGGGAUCUUUCAGUUGUCGCUCCAGUAGCCAGCAUCCCUGAGCCAGUCGGUCUCAUUUCGCAGCAACAUUUAAGCCAUUAAAGUCGCCGUUUACUGUCCUCUAACAGCCAAGAAACACAUUAAAAAACCCACAAAGCACAAAAAGCCAGUUUGUCUCAGGCCAUAUUUUUUUAUUUUUGAUUUUAUUUUUCUACUCAAAUUUUACUUUAACUAUUUAUAUAAAUUACUGUGUUGUGUCGUCGUUAAGUUUAAUCGUGUAAAAUCGUGGCCUCUUACCUUAAAAGUCAAUCUUAUUUUACAUUUUUUUCAUCUUAAUUGUUACAACAUGUUUUUUAAAUAUUACUUAAUGUUCCUUAGGGAUGCUAGUGGCUGAGCACAUCUCAAACAUCCCAAUAUUAGACAGUUAGCAUUACAAGGCGAUUAGCAUCUCUUCAGCAGACAAUAGCGUACGUAGGCUAGUCCCUGGCAUCUGUAUACUAGUCGCUUGUAUCUCCAGGCUGGUCUGGGGAUGCUAGUGACAAGCCAAGAGAUGCUAAUGGCUAAUUCUGCUAGUGACUAGUCUAGGGAUGCUAGUGGCUAGUAUAUAGAUGCUGGGUACUAGCUUCGAGAUGCUAAUGGAUAAUGUUGGGAUACUAGUUCAGUAACACUAUCGACUAGUGUAGUAAUACUGCUAACUAAUGCACUGAUGCUAACUCGUCUAACCAAUUUUAGGAUGCUAGUGACUCGAGCAGUGACGUGACUGGCUAAUUAUAGGGCACUGGUGACUAGGCUAGUAAUGCUAGUAACUAAGUGUACAGAUGAUAGCUACAAGUCUAGAGAUGCUAAUGACUAACUCUGGGAUACUAGUGACUAGCCUAGGGAUGCUAAUAACUAAUUCUGGAAUACUAGUGACUAGCCUAGGGAUGCUAGUGGCUAAUUUGGAUGCUUGUGACUAGCCUAGGGAUGCUAAUAACUAAUUCUGGAAUACUAGUGACUAGCCUAGGGAUGCUAGUAGCUAAUUUUGGAUGCCUGUGACUAACCUAGGGAUGCUAAUAACUAAUUCUGGAAUACUAGUGACUAGCCUAGUUAUGGUAAUGGCUAAUUUUGGAUUCUUGUGACUAGCCGAGGAAUGCUAUUCACUCGUGUAUAGAUGUUAUUGGCUAGCCUGAGGUACUAAUAGCUAGUGUAGUUGUGCUAGUAACUAGUGUACAGAUGGUAGCGACUAGCCUACAAAUGCUCAUGACUAGUGUAGGGAUGCCAGUGGCUAGUCUAGUGAUACUGGUUGCUAGCCCUGGAGUGCUAGUGGCUAGUAUACAAAUUCUAGUGGCUAGUUUAUCGAUGGUAUUCGCUAGCCUAGGAAUACAACUGGUGAAAUCUAGGGGUGCAUAUCCUGCUUUGAGAGUGUUUUUAAAUCACGGUAAAGCCCCCAGUAUAUUUCAAUUCUGGCCAAAGUGAAAAAACAUAAAGCAGCAACAUUGAACAAAUCACAUCGUGAAUUUUUUGAUCAAAUAAAGAGAUCAUAAAGAUCACGUCGGCCUCUCGAGCUAAAUCAGUCGCUGUCCUCGAGGCUCCUGCAGCCGCUCAGUAGUUUUAUUUCUGACACAGCUCCUGCGCUGUAGGUGACAAAGGGUGUAACCUGGAUUAAAAAAAAAACAGAACAGAUAGAGUAGAAACUUUGGUUUGUGUUGGGCACAGUUUUAUAAUCGUACUCUGUGGAUAUGACAUGUAUUUGAUAUGAAGAAACAUUUGUAUUGUGCCUGCUACUGUCGGUGUUGAUUUUUUUUUACUGCUCUAUUGUAAAUGCGCUACAGCUUGAAGUAUGAGGAGGAAAAUUAACCUUAACGACAUUUAAAGUGUAAUUUUCAUGGCUAAAUUAUCAGGAGUAGAGACGGAGUGAGUUCAUCACUGAUUACAGUAUUUAAACGGCUAUAAACUGCACUUACAAGGUAGAUAGAAUAUUGUUCAUCGCAGUUAUUGAAUAUAUCAUGAAGUUUUAAAGCGAGACUGUGUAACUUUUGCUAAUCAGACACAGCUGCGGCUACAAAAUGCUAAGUUGUUGUGUAGCUAAAAUGCUAAGCUAGGUAGACUCGGUAACAUUUGCUAACAUAUGUUAGACUUAAUGAGGCUACAGCAGCAAAAAAUAAUGAUUUUAACUCUUGAAUGAUGUUUGACUGUUAAUGAAUCGGGCUCGUUUGUAAAGUUUGCGUUAUUUCUCCUCUCAGAAGUUACAUAGUCUCGUUUUAAAGGUUUGAACCCUUAACCCUGUUCAAAAUGUACUCAGCCAGAAUGACUGACUGUGUUGCGAAGCAGAUGGAUGGAUGGCUGGAUGUUGGAUGGAUGGGUGGAGAGGAAGGAUCCCUGCUGAAGUGAGUAACGAGAGAAACUGUACAGCAACGAGUUCACGAGCUUGGGCGGUUUAUCAUUAUUACUGUGUGUGCAUCCGUACCUCGGCACCAAUAUAGAAGAUUCAUGAAAUGCUCGAAUUCCCUGCAAAGUUACAAAGAAAGCUGCAUGGCAAAAGUAUGUGGACACGUGAAUGUUCAAUGCUAGUGUGAUUGUGACUCAAAACUGAGCGUGUUGCUGCUGUGAAAUCAACGGCGAAGUUCUCAGUUGACGCACCAGGUCAUCCUAAAGGUGAUGGGAGGUGGUAGACACUGCAAACUCUACCUUUAAACAACUGAAGGACCAUCCCUAGACUAGUCACUAGCAUCUGAACAAGUCACGAGCAUUCCUAAGCUGGUCAUGGGCAGCACAUCAGCGUUAGUCGCAAGCAAAGGUGUGCUGGUCAGUAGCCUGAAAAUGCAAGUGACAAGCUUAGAGAUGCUAGUGGUUAGCUCAGUGAUGCUAUUUUCUAGCCUAAGGAUUGCAAGUCACUGGUGUAGUCAUGCUGGUCUCUAGUCUUUAAACUCACUAGGCUAGGGAUGCUAAUGGCUAGCCAAGCUUACUAGCCACUUGCCUACCAAUACUUGUGGCUAGCACGGGCAUGCUAAUGACUGACUUAAGAAUGCUAUUGACUAGUCUUGGGAUGCUAUUCUGUGGCCUAAGGAUGCUAGUCACUUGCUAGUGAUACUAAUGGCUGCAUCUGGCAUUCUACUAACUUAAGAAUGCUAUCGAUUAGUCUCAGGAUUCUAUUUGUUAGCCUAAGCAUGCUAAUCACUAACCUAGUGACAUUAGUGGCUAGCCCUGGCAUGCUAGUGACUUACAUAGGGAUGGGCUGGUCAAGUGCGGCCUGGGAAUACGAUUUGCAAGCAUAAGAAUGCUGGUUGAUAGCCUAACAAUGCUAGUGACAUGUCUAGAGAUGCUAAUGGAGAUCCUUGUGAUGCUAGUCACUAGCAUAGGAAUGCAGGUGUUGAGCUUCUGGCGAGAUAGGAAUAUUGAUUGGUAACUUUGGGAUGCUACUGACUAGUCUAGGGAUGCUAUUGGCUAGGGCUAGCUUAGCGAUGCUAUUUAGUAGCUAUGUUAGUCACUAACAUAGAGACACUAGUGGCUAGCCCUGACAUGCUAGUGACCACUGUAGGGAUUUUAGUGAGAGAUUGACCCUCAGGUUGGUAAACUAGUUAUUGGAUUUACUUUUAUUGGAAUUAACUAAAUUUUAAAAAGCAAACAAACAAAAAAAAAACUUCUGUAUUACAGUAAAGGUGUGUCCACAUACUUUUGUCCAUGUGUUCUAUUUCCUGUCGCAGCCCAGGUCUGUACCUUUUCAGUUCAGGUUGUUUUCCUUGUAUUUUGUACGAGCUGGAGACGAAUUAACAAGAACACGUUCCCCUGACGUUCAUGUGCUCAGACGUCCUACAGCCAGUGUUCCUAGUGAUUCAUUAUUCGCACUAAUGAGUGAACCAGCUUCUUGCAUGCAGCUCAUGUGAGAGACAGCCGUCUGCUUGUUGCCUCCCCUUCACAAAGUGGUCUCUUUGUAUAUCCUGUUUAUCGAUGCUCUGGGUUCGGAAGGAUAUACCCAUGUAGGAUUUUUUAAAAGAAAAUGUGCGAUAAAGGGUCAAACCCUUUGCUCCCGGCUGUGUCAGGUUUAUUUCCAGCGAAGCAACCAGAGCAGACACGUAGGACUUAAGGGUGUGAUGCAACAUUAUCUGCAUGCUCAAUUGUUUUGCUCCAGUAGAACCACGUUCGUCUCGGUGUGCAGGACAGACGGGAGUCCAUCCCGAGGUCACGUCGGAGGGGGUUUCUGCAGUAACAAAAACUCGUCACCUUUGAUUUUGUUCUUCUUCUUCUUUGGGUUUACUUCUGACGCUGUACAGUUGUGGAAAUGUGAUUGUUCUCGUUAUUGUGCAUUUUAUCAAUAACUGGUUUAUGAUGAUUCUUGUUGCUGUAUAUGUGUAUUUGAAAAUAAAUGCUAUGAAGUCACA